GUGAAACUUGUAUCGAUGUGGCUGAGGCCGGGCCUACGCGAGGCGCCGCUCGCGGCCGCGUCUCGGCCACGCUCAGUGCGCCGGAGGAAGCGGGCUGCGCCGCUUGUGUUCCCGCAGCCCGCCGCGUGUAAUCGUGUGUGUGCAAAUGAUUCUGUUUUUAUGGCGCUCAUAUAUCAACUACUGCGAGUUUUGGUGCUGGGUGUGACCGCGGCGGCUGGCGACGAUGUCCCGAUAACAUGGUCCUGGUCGGCACAAAACGCGUCGCUGCCGUGCGUUGUGCCGGAGUGGACGCGCGUCCAGCCGCGGCGACCGCCGCCGCCACUCGACGACGAGCUCUCGCGAGCGCGGCCUUUCGUGUGGUACAGGCUUGCUGCCACUCGGGAAGAGGUCAGCCCCAAGUGGGUGUCUCCUAACGGCACGCUGGAGGUGGCGCGCAGGAGCGGCGGCGCCGAGGGCGUGUACCAAUGCGCGGCCGCUCUGCCCGGCGGACACGUGCUCGGGUACCCCGUCAACCUCAAGUUCUCACAUAUCGGCAAACAGUUUCUGAAGCCGCCAGCCGAUACGAUAGCGUACUUGGGACAGCCCUUCUCCAUACCCUGCCGCAUCAGCUCGGGCCCUGCUGCAUCCAUAUCCUGGACAAGAGAUGGCAAACCUCUGCCUCAGAAUUAUAGGUAUCACGUUUUGGAGAGCGAACUACUCAUCUUAGAUGUGAAAAACGAAGACGUUGGUGCGUACAGAUGUACCGCAACGAAUCCCAUAAUUAACAAAAGUCGGACCAGUCCUGAGGGUCGAGUGAGGGUGCAGCAGUCCAUAGAGGAGGAGCCAUCGUUCCUGCCAGUCCGUGUGAAUGAGGACAUCGCAGUGCCCGGGGGAAGCAGGGUGGUACUCCCCUGUCCUGCCUCUGGCUGGCCUAGACCUAAGUUAAGAUGGGAGUUCACACCGCCAGGCCAGAAGCCUGCUGAGCUGGAGUCCACGGCAGAAGUCCUGGUGCUGAGCAGCCUGGCCAAAGACCAGGAGGGCGUCUACACUUGCUCUCUCGAGGAUUAUUUCGACAUAGUUAAGUCAUUCAACGUAACUGUGACGGAACCGGUGGUAAUAACUCUACCGCCGGUAUCAAAGGACGCGACGCGCGCCAGCACCGUUCGCUUCAACUGCACCGCCAGCGGCAAGCCCGAGCCGAAUGUCACGUGGUACAAGAACGGAGAGAAACUCACAUUGGCUGGACGGAGAAACCUCCGUAGCUCAGUGGAUCGCUUGCGCCUGGAGCUGGUCAUAAGCGGGGUCACCUCGGACGAUGCAGGCGUGUACCAAUGCUUCGCGUCCAACGGACACUCGUCGGCGUCGCGUUGGGCGCGGCUGAACGUGACGGGCGCGGGAGCAGACGCGCCGCGCGACGUGCGCUGCGCGCCGGUAGGCGCUGCGACUGUCGCGCUGCGUUGGCUGCCGCCCGCGGAUGACGUCAUGGCCUACACUGUCGAUACUACGCCUACUGAUAAACAUGGCGGCGUGAUCACGGGGCAGCCUCACACCAACACAGAGGAGAUCAUCAAAGUCCGGGAGCCGUUAGAACCAUACCUUUUUCAAGUGCGUGCGUACAUCCCAGCAUCCACUAAGAAGAACAUAGCGAGUGACAUGUCAGAGAGCGUGCUUUGUCAAGGCCAAGGAGUGCCAAUAAAACUGUCGAAACUGGACGACGACAAGAUCCUGGUGUCGUGGAAACAGUUCGCGGAGCAGACCCCUGGCGUGGUGGAGUGGAUCCUGCAGUACAAGCCUGAUGAUGGAGAGGAGAUGACUGUUGAGCGUAACGUCACGCUAGCAGCACGAGUCACUAACUAUACUUUGACUGCCCCUGGAUCACAGCCUCUGCUGGUGAGGCUGCUGGGCUCCCGCAGCAGCGAGUGGCUCCCGCAGAACCUGACCCUGGUGCCGUGGACCUCCAGCUCGCAGGACGCCGACGAUGGUGAGGUGAAGUUGAUACCUCAGGACCUGGAGGCGGUGGAAGUGACCGAGAAAGGCUUCACACUGCGCUGGCGGUGCGAGGACUCCCCGCGGUAUACCUUCCUCGUCUGCGUCAGGAAAAUCGACGGAAAUGACUAUUGUCAAGAGAGUUAUGACACCAGUGCAAAAAUUGAAGGAUUGCAACCGGAUAGCAAGUACGAGGUGAGAGUGCAGGUUCGAGUGCCGGGGAUGGCACUCGGUGGAGCAUUCACUGCGCCCUAUCACGUCACCACAUUGCCGAAAGGGCCGCACCGCUUCAAGGACCUGAAGUACAAGUACGUGAACGAGAGUACGAUCCGCGUGUCGUGGAGCGACGCGCCCGCCCGCUACACCGUGUACCACAGCGCCGAGCUCAAGAUGCCGGUGGAGAAGUGGGCGGCGGUCGAGGUGGUGGGGAACACGGCGCUGAUCACUGGUGUGCAGCAGACAGAGGACACGUAUGUCAUGGUGGCGGGGUAUGACCCGGACGGACACAGCUCCGUCAUCACUGUGCCGCAGCAAGUCGGGAGUAUAGAGGCCAAAGACCUGGAAUACUCGUACUCGAGUUCCGGCGUGUGUGUCCGGUGGAACGGCACCGGGCCCCGCGAGGUGCACUACACGCAGGACAUCGCGCAGCCCGUCGAGAGCUGGGCUGUUGUCAACGUCACCGGCACCAGUGUCGAGAUAACCAACCUAAACCCUGGCCCAGUGUUCGUGGUAGUGACGGCUGCGGGAAGCAGACGGCGCUACCCCACCCCGCUCACCAUCCCCGAGCGACCGGCCGACAACUUCUACUACUACUUAGGUAUAGGCCUGGGCUGCGGCGCGUGCGCGCUGUGUGCGGUGGCGGGCGGCGCGCUCUGUCUGUGGCGACGGGCUAAGGCGAAACGGACACCACAACGAUCGCGUAGAACGCAUACGACAUCGGCUGAAGGGAAUGAAGAAGAUGGCUCCGAAAUGAGGAUGGUGCGCGUGGCCAACGGCGGCGCGGGCGAGCCGCUGCUCAAUGGACACGCGAACGUGCACAUUACGGAGAACCCCGCCACAAAAACACCGAACGGGAGAUUGAAAAAGGGUCGAGGCUACGACCCGCCGCACUUUGAUACGUUCGACUUGUCGCGACACGAGCCCGACACGACCGUGGAGACCGUCCUCGACGACACCGUGUCGUACGGCCUGUUCGACACCUCCCGACCGCCGGAGUUCGACUUCUCAAGGUCGUCGAAGGACCUGAGCGCCAACGACUCUUUCGGCAAGCUCCCCGACGACAACAUGAACUCAGAGUUAACGAGAAGUAGCGAAUUCCAACUCGACAACAGCAAAAUUCAGCCCACGCUUCAGCCUAACGGUUGAGACGCGAGCAGCGCUCGUUUUAUAGAACUACAAGGGCAUCAGGCGGCCCAGGGGUCCCGCACCCGACACCGCGUAGUUAAGGCAGAAUAGAAUGAGAUUUUAUGUACAGAGCAUUCAUUUAUAGUUAGUCGGAGAGUGGGUACGAGGCUUGAUCGGUUUGCGCGAGGAUAGCUUGGCGUGUAUUUGUUCCUAAUAGACUUUAUUUUCAACGACGUAAGGCUGAUUUUUCGGUAAACAAACAGUACGGGUACAUUUGUAAUUUAGCUGUCAAAAAAUCGACGCGCACGUAAAGUUAUUCUCGCUUAAACUCUUGCGCAAAUAGGGGUAAAGUCCAUUUUUAAUGAUCACCUUUUUUGAUUGUUGUUCAGAAAAAUGUAAAUACGACAUUUUUUUACUGCCUUUUAAGGCGUGUAUAUAGCGUUGAUUGGCCUGAGAUUAUAAUCAUCGAGACAAUAAGGUAAACAAAAAGAUAAAAAAAAACUAAAAAAAUAAGCAAUGGCGCGGAAAACGUGAACAUAACCUCAAAAUAUUUUGUUACGCCGUGAAGACGGUAUGAGAAUUCGUACAUAUAUUAUAAUUAAUUAUAGGUUCAAUCAUAGUGCCUGCAUAUAGUACACACCAAGACACCUGUUACAAAAUAAAAAUAAUUCACCCUUAGUGCAACAUGAGCGUACAAAAUAUAGACCAAAAUGAUAUCCAAACAGCCCUUAUAUUACCUGACUACGUAAUAUUAUGUACAUAACGUGAAUGUAUUUUAUUAAUGUUGAAAAAAGUAUUUAUUUCUGAUUUUUUUAUAGACAGUUCUUAGACAAGCCUUAGAAGCUAUCAGUUACCUUCAUAAAUAACAUUCCACUUAAAAUAUAUAAACAAAUGUUAGGGGCAUCAAUAUAGUACGUCGUGUGUUAAAAGGGAAAAAGGGGAGGGGGGGGGGGUGAAAACUAUUAUAAAAUCUAAAUAUAAAAAUGUGACCAAAUCUAUUGAUAAUAUUAUAAGCAAUCACACAAAAAGCAUCAAUAGGUUUCGGUUGUUAUGAAAAUUCCUAAAGAAUGAAAAUUGUGACGUCACAUCUUGAGGGUUACGCAAAUGUGAUCCCUUCAACAAUCAUUGUUGUGGGUGCCGGAAAUCAGGAAAUACAUGUGACGUACUUUAUAGAUGGCCCUUUAUUAUAUUAUCACAAGCAGUAAUAUAAUUCUACUUUUUUUUUUAAUAAUACGCACAUUUUUUCCAUAUACUCGUAUAUAUAUAAAUAUUAUUACAUGUUAAAGUUAUUAUUAGCAGUUAAUAUUCACGCCACUCACUGUUUUCUACAUAGACAUUUAAAAAAAAUAAUAAAAAAGUAGAUAGAUUAAAAAUAAAUGUAUAUUUGAAAAAAAUAUAAUAAAUAAUAUAAAAAAAAAAUGAAAAAAAUAUUACAACGAACUACUGAUAUUAUUAUGUACGAGUUAUUAACGUACAAAAAAGUGUUUUUUAUUGAUAAAACGCGUUAUCUUUAAAAAUGUUACAAAAAAUACGUUAUCAAAGUACCUCUCUGGUAACAAUGGACUUGGGUUUCCUUUUGAAUUUGGGAUCAAGUUCGUUGUUUAUUAUUCCAUAUCACAAUUCGAAUCUACCUCAUUUUAUUCGUUGUAAGGUUCUUUUAGAUGUUACAAUGUUGUAUCGAUUAAGUUUUUUUGUAGUGCCCAACGACAUAGGUCAUUCACAGUGGCAGUCUUUGAUUAGGCAGGUAUUUUUUUUUAUUUAUUUUAGCUGUGUAGGUUUAUUUUUUCACCUGUAUUUUGUUUCAGUGUUAACGGUUUAAAGGACUGAUAAAAAAAUAGUUCUUUUAAACUUUUUAGUUAUUUUGUCUUUUUUUAAUAUUGAUUUAUUUGAAUCUUGUUAUUAACAACAACUUCUUUGAGCUGCAUCUGUGGAUUCCGAUUGCGACAUUGCGUUCGAUUUUUAAUUACACGCAUUUUUUAUUUUACGAGCGAAAAAUAGUUUAUCAUAUUCCGUAAUAUAAAUGUCAUACACAUAAUAGCCAGUACAUCAUCAAAUUAUUGAGAUGAGAGUUAUUUUUAUGUAAAAACGAACUUAAGAAACUCCUAGUGAGAAAGUUUAGUACGCUCUAAGAAAAAAAAAAACAAAAAAACGCAUGAUUAAAAGUUCAAUGGGCAGGCUGUUUUCGAUCUUUGUCUGUAAACACAAAAUUAAAAAGUUUCACAUCAAUAAAAAUAGAUUUCAUUAGAUUACUGUUCUAGUGUUUAAAAUAUAACAAUAAUAUUAAGAGAUAUUAAUGACAAUAAAAAUAAUACAAUUUAUUAUGGAAUACGCAUAGUGUAAAUUUAUUGUUUCAAAUUAUUGCAGUUUAUUUACCUAAAGAUUUUUUUUAUCUAACAAAUACUUUUUGUUUGUAAUUUUUUAGGAUGUAAAAAACUGCGUGUUUUUAAAGAUCGUAUUUGUCGUAAGUCCACUUGGUUUAAAUAAACAUUUUUAUAACAAAUCCGUAAUAUGUAUUUUAUUUGUACAAUAAUAUUAAUUAAUAUUGAUUAUUAUUUUAUUAAAAAAAAAACAAAGUACCGACAAACUUUAAUUUAUCUAGUAUUAAAAUGUGUCUUUUUAAAACACCAAUAGCAUUUUGUAAAUAUAUUAAUAAAUAUAAUGAUAUAUAUAAACUCAGUUUAAAUUUUAAUUAAAGAAAAAGAAUCGCCGACUAUGUACCUGAAUCUUCAAUUACACUAAGCUAACUUAGGACUAGUGUUAGUUAAUAAAAAAACUAGAAUUUUAUCUUUGACGCUAGGUUUUUUAUCACAGGGUCUUAAGCUUUUUGAUAUUUAGGGCACGUUGGAACAAGCUGGCGUUACGAUUUCUUUUUUUUUAUGUUUAGUAAAAUUAUAAUUACCUAUGUUUAUUUUUUAUACGCGUGUUCGAAUUUCGCUGUUGUCUUUAUUGCUAGAACCGCACUUGCGUUUAAUGUAUCGAGGCUAAGCGUUAUAAAUUUUCCUUAAAGGUACAAAUCUAAUAUCGUUUUACAAAUGUGCAAGUAAUCAAACAUUUAACUUUCGUGGUAUCAAAGGAUGUGUCCUUCGAUAGAAAAGUAAAUAGACAGAUAUAAAGCAUUCAUCACAUUCCGGCAAAAAGAGAAUAACUGUAGUUGUCCUGAUGCGUGCCAGUUUAGGCACAACGAUGCUCCAAACAAGUUUGACGUUUGUCAAUUAGUAUAUGAAUAGCGAGAUAGCAUUGGGAAAAAAUGGUUUUGUUGUGUGUUGGCAUGUCAAAAUCAUACCUAUAUCUUUUAACUAACGACAGCAGUCAGCAAACAAUUCAUACACUCUGUCUAUUUACUUAUCUAUCUACGGAUGUGCAGCUGUUAUUCCAAUUCUGAACAUUAGGUUUUCUUAUAAUCAGUUAAACGUAAGUGCGGUAGAAUAAUGAGGAGCGUCAAGACGAAAUGUGACAGUCGCGAGGGAAGAAAAGGGAAGGAGGAAAAGAAAUUAUAUAUUUUGAAUUAUGCAGCAGAAUGGUUGUUGCGAUUAAAUAUAUAUAAACAUUACGCAAAGUAAUUUUUUUUAAAAACAGUCUUUUUAAAAUAAAAGUUUAAAAAAAUUCAAGUUAAAGUUUUUAUAUUAUUUUUUCUUCAUGCUCCUCAUUAUGUGAAUCUUAAUCAACACUGUCCUUUGGACCAAAAGUAAUUUAUAUAACAAAACAAUGAGUUAUGUACAAAUAUUUCAGUGCUGCCAAAUAUGUGUUAGUUAUGAAAUAAUUUAGUUCAUAUUUCUUGAAAGUUGUUCAACAUUUGGAAAAUGAUUGGCUUUGAAUGUAGUAAAGUGACGCCACAAAUGCAUUUAUGUAACACCAAAACUAGUCCACUAUUUAAACAACUGUUGCAUAACAACCACUCACCAUAUAUGUGACAGAUUAAAUACCAAGAUCAGUUUAGCUGUCAAAUUUGAUAUGGAAGUACAAAUCCCAAAGCCGCUUAAGUAGAAAAAUGUUUUUGCUUUACCAACACUUGCAGUUUCCCACAUAAACGCGUUUGUGAAACGAAUGUCUGUAAACAUUAUUAUUACAAUCAAAGCUAAGUCUUUUGAACAAAAUAAUAAUAAAUUAUUAUUUUGAAAAUAAUGAUUAAUUAAAAUAAUAAUUAAUAUUAUUUUGAAAAUAAUGAUUAAAUAAAAUAAUAAUUAAUUAAAAUGAUAACAAUGUCAAAAUUAUAAUACAAAAUUAACUUCUUAUAGUUAUUGAGUGGCACACUGGAAUUACUUUACCAUUUAAAUCUAUUAAUUAAUUACCCGUUUUAGUAAUAACUAAAUAGAACUAAAAUUAAUUAAACAGUUUUCUAUAAUUAUGUUAAUAAAUGAAUUACCUUUAUAAUUUUCAAGUACAUAGCUUUUUGUUUACAAAAUUUUGAUAUUAACCCUUAAUUUAUUAAAACCGAUAUUUUUUUUUUUAUAUUGUAAUAAUAUUAUUUUCAUAAAUACCAUAAAUACGUAUUGUUAUAGUAAUAUUUAAAAUGUAGACAUUUCUAUGUAAUACCCUUUCACAGGUUCACUCUAGGUUGUGUUUUCUUGUUUUGAACACUUUUUAUGUGUAGAAAAACCACGUAACCAUGUUAAGAUUUACCUUUACUAUAUAAAUAAUAAUAUUGUUUGUAUUAUACUUGAAUUUAUGACAGUCAUCAAAAUGUAAAGGAGUUUCAGUUAUCAUUAAAAAUAAGUAUAUAAUUAUUCAGUUGCAUGUUGGAUAUUGGUAAUUUCAUCAUUUAUAUGCAUAUCUGAUUAUUUGCGUAUAGUUAUUUCGUCGAGUUUUGGUAGGUUUUUUUUUGUUAAGUUGUUUGCAUAAAAUGCAUCUUUAUCCCAUGGAAUGAAUAUAUUAUAGCAUAGAUAAUUGAGUGACGUAUUAUAUAAUAUUAGACGUAUCAGUAAGUUAAUUUACUGUUUACACGCAAUGAGCUAUCACCUUGGAGUAAUACCAUGACGCGCUUAAAGCAGUUGUGUCUGUGAAAUACAGCGUUAAUUACUAAUUAGUUUAACAACAAAAAGUUAAUUACUAAUUAGUAACAUAAUGUAUAGUUAUCAUAGCACUAUAUACAGGUUGCUCGGUAGUAUUUCCCAUAACUCUAGGGUCCGAGCAUUCUGUAUAUGACAUACCUAGGUGUAUGGAUGUACCAUAGAAUUUGUAGCUUGAAAAACAAGUUUAGCAAUGUGCAUGGAGUUAUCUGGUAGCUUGCAUGAAGUUAUCCACAUAAAAUUACUUUGUCAUUUUGUAUUAUCCAAUGACGUGCGCAAAGAUAUACAGUGCUGGUGCAUGUUAUACAGAUAUAAUAUUAUAUAAAAAUGUCCAAUUUUUUACCUGUGUCCGUCUCCUGGUUCUAAGCUUCCUCUCCACCAAUUUUCAGCCAAAUCGGUCCAGCCGUUCUUGAGUUAUAAAUAGUGUGACUAACACGACUUUCAUUUAUAUAAAUAGAUGUAAUGACAGUUGUUAACAACUGUCAUUUGAUGACUGUCAUAAAAAAAUGUACUAUGUAAUAAUCUGUAAACCAUUCUUAUAAUUAAUUUAUUUGCAUUAGCAUAUACCUGAACUAUGUACAACAUUUUUGUAUUUAAGCAUAGUAUGCAAAGUUAAGAGUGUAACAUAAGCAUAAUCUACUCUAUUACCAUUGAUAUAAUUAUUCCUUAGAUGUGCCCCGCAGUUUUAGCUGCAUAGUUUCCGUUACAGUCGCAAUAUCGAGAUAAAAACCAUCCUAAAGGCAUUUUCAGACUGUAAUCUGUGGUUUUUUCUCCGUGGUCCCUUCCAGACUUAUAUUACUGCAGAAUUAAAUUGAUACUUUUUAAUAAAUUGGCAAUACUGUUAUCGGUUUCAUCAGAAAGAUUUCAGGGACUACGACGAAUAGAUCACGGGGAUUAAACCUAAUCUGUCUGUAUGCCAAAUUUCCCUUUCUUUAUAGGCUUUCUGGAGUUAUAAGUGGUGUUAGUAACACGACAUUUUACACUACAUAUUUUGAUUAAGUUUUAAACUAUGGCCGGAUUAAAAUUAUUUAUUCUAUUUCACUUCUUAAAAAAAAAUAAGAAACAUGAAACUGGAGAUUUAAAUUGUUAUAUAACAUUAUUAAACUUUUAAUUGGUAACAUUAUAUUAUGUUUAUUAAAGUAUUCGUUGAGAAACCCGAUAUGUAAAACACAAUGUUUGAAAUACAGCAUGCUAUCAAAGUACAUAAAAAAUAUACAUGUUUACUUAAAAGAAAAGGAUUUACAUGUAUUUUAUAUAUAUUUAAUCACAAUAAGGAUAAACUAAAUAGCAUAAGUACAGUUGCUAAGUUAUAAACCCAUUAUUGAUAUUAAUUAUUUUAACGUGAGUGCAUACUUUUUUUUACACAAUUAUGGCUUGUCCGUCCUUGGAGUGAAUUUUAAAUAAAAGCCUGAUAUACGUGCCUCCGAAAACUAUUUCGAAUCUCAAGUAAUCGUUAACGACUCAAGGGGAAAGGCGCAUGGAUUACUAUGGUAUUGUAAAUAGGAAACUAGAUGGCGCUGUACAAUGACACUACAUUACAUAGAUUUUACACUGAACACUGUAGACGUAGAUUCCGCGACACGAAAGAACUCCCGAGGCUAACACCUGAACAAAAAUCGACAGCGCCUUACACAAAUGACAAUAAGACCGCCAUUACCAAAUAAUAUUAAGCGCCAUUUGACUCCUAAAUGGACGACCGGUCGCCCAUCGUAUCCGUUACGUGACAUGUAAAAAAAUAUAACUACCACUAAGAGCAAUAGGCGAGCACAGUAUCACGCUCCGCGCGAUAGAGGAAUAUAAAGAUUUUUUAAAUGGCUCACUACGGUAGAUUAAAACCGCAUUCCCUGACUGUCGGCUUCUUCAAUGCAGACGGGCUCACCGAUAAAAUACUCGCAGCGAAUGGUUAAGACAUUAGCGCUGCGUCUUUCGUGGUGUGGAGUCUAACAUCUCAUAUCAUCAUAUAUCCAGAUUCGAACCUACGCCCUCUGAAUCGAAGGCAAAGGUCGCAUCCACUAGGCUUUCACGUUCUCAUGUAUGUAAUUAGUCAAAAACUCUAGAUUGUAAAAUUUUUGAAUGUCUAGAAUGUCGCUAGCGUUCUGUAUGAGGCAAAAUAAUUAAGUGAUAAUUAAGUGCAUUCAUUCUGCGAUAGUUCUUUGUUUCGUUCAUUACAUAGGUACAUUUGGCGCAGUCGGUAGGUAUUCAUAUAAAAUUUUUAUAUGAAGUACCUAGUAUAAAAUUUUUUUCUUAAUUAAAGUAAAAUCUACCAAUUAACGGUUUUUUCGUCAUACACAUUUGGUUCUCCUGGUUGUCCUACCGAUUUUUAUGAUUGUAAAAUAAUCUUUAACUGUAUCCAGAUUUUUUUCUUCCAAGUAAAUAAAUAAGAAAUUUACGUACUCAAAAUUAAAUAUUUUUCUUUCUUUAAGACUUUUUUGAGUCAAUAAUGAAAUGUUGGACUAAUUCAAUUUAGAUAGUUGUGUCAUUGAUCAUUGUUUGCUAAUAUAUGAUUAAGCAGCGCCAUCUUCAGUAUUCCCUGUUCCAGUGCACAUUUUUUUUUCCUUAAAAUAUCGUAUUUUUAAUAGUCAAUAUCAAUUAUUAUAAACCAUUCAUAAUUGACUGCAAUAGUUUUGAUUGCAUAAUAAGGUAUUAUAUUUGGUAUUAUAUAAAAUUGAAUUGUUUAAUUAUUUUGUUUUGUAUUCGAACACAUCAUGAGCAUUCUAAUUGUAGUAAACGUACUAUUUUAUAUUCCCUGAUAUAUAAUUUAUAUCCUAUCGGUUUUGCUUUGUUAAAUUACCUUUAUAUAAUCUGCUAAUAAUAUGACACAAUAUAAAUAAUGUGUUUUUACAACAGUACCUUUAGUUUAUUUAAAGUUUAAUGUCGUUUUAUGUACUUCUUUUUUAAUUUUGAAAAGCAUAUCAUUAAAUCCCUUUAAAAUUCCUUUUUUUGAGUGACGGUGAUGUAAAAGUACUUAUUUUAAAGCGUCCAAUAAAGCUUACGUUGUAUACCACGAUUCAGGGCUUGUUUAUAUAUUGAUUGUUUUGUCCGUUUCUUAUUUGUAUUUAUUUUAUGAGAGCGAUAUACUCUCUACAAUUUUGUUUGUGUUUUCAGUUUGCUUGAAGAUUUUAUAUUUACGUUCAAACUUAUUUUGUUUUUGUACGUGAAAGUUAAGUGAUGAUGAUGAUUUGUGAUUUUAAAAUUCAGUUCUCCUUCAGAUCUAUUGUUUUUCAAUUUGUCUUGUUAGUAUAUUUAAAAAAAAAAAACGAAAAAUGGAGCCUUUUCACUUUGGCUCCUGCUUUCCAGGGUAUAUCUGUUCCAAUUAGCGAUCACAUUGAGCUCUUGGGUAUCACCAUCUCAUCCAACCUCAAUAUCGGGAAAUGUAUCGAAUCUAAAGCUAAAAUGACAGCCAUAAAACUGGGAGUCCUCAAUAAAGUCAAGCGGAAUUUACACCCCAAUAACUACUCACCCUUUACUUUUCCAGGCUCAGGUUAGAACUUGCAUGGAGUACUGCAGUCAUGUCUGGGAUAAUUUAUAAUUAAUCAAUCUUUUCUAUAAAAAUCAUUUUAAACAUCAUGCUUAUAUAAGCUAAAAAAUUUAACUGCUUUUUAACCGGCUUCCAUAAAAGAGGAGGUUCUACGUUCGGCUGUAUGUAUGUUAUUUUUUUUUAGAUUUUUGUAACUAACUAUCAUAUAAGUAUAAACUUGUACUAUGUAUUCUGUGGUUUUACAACAGGCGUUUGACAUACCAAACUCUCGUCUCUUCUUCUGUUUUAAUAUAUUUUAUGUAUUUCUGAUAAAACAGCGUUUGCGUAACUGCACAGAUUUUCUAAAAAGGUGUCUCAAGGUGGGACAUUGGGGCCUAUGGAAUUUAGUUAUUACAUUUUACAAUAACAUAUAGAAAUGCUACAAUAUUACGUAGUUUAGUGAAUCACAAAUCAUCAUCACAGUAGAAGUAAGUUAAGAAGUUGUUGUGUAAUUACCAUACUUACAUAAUAUAAUUAUAUUGUAUUCAGUGGGCUCUUAAGAUAUGGGCCCUACCUAAAGGAAACAAGAUACUGGAAUAUUUUAACUUAUGAGAUUUUAAAUUUUUACGUUUUCUACUAAAAUAGAAUAAGUUUUAAAAUAAAGUAAUGUAUCAUCUUAUUUUACGCCUUUAUUUUAUUGUAAAAAGUAAAGAGUUGAUUUUAAACUACAAUUCUUAAGCAUGUCAUAUGAUUUUGAAGUCUUCUGGGUGUAGGAAUUAAUAAAUUUAUCCUUAAUUGAAAUAUUCCAGUAAUUUCCAAGAUGGUGCUCCCACAGAAACAACAAUUGUUAUAAAUCAUGUUAUACAAAAUGCUGCAAAAUAUUUUUGCGACAAUGUCGUAAAAGUGAACAAUAUAACAGUAUCCAAGGAUCUGUGCGGGAGCACCGUUAUUAUAAGAUUUUUUGUGUAAAACUGAUUUUGGGGACAUGAUACCACCUACUGAAAAGUUUCGUAAUAUGCGUUUGUUAUGUUUUUAGGCUUUACAAUUUAAUCAUCUAUUUUUGGAUGUUAGACGAGGAAUUAGAAAUUAUCCCAGAAAUGCAUAAAUAUAUUUCAACGGACUUUUGUGCUAAAUUAAUUCUAUUAUUGCAAUACUGCUUGAUAAACACCAAAAUAGUGCUCAUGAAUUGAACUAUGUAUAAUGCAGUUUAAUUAAGAACAAGUAAUCUUUGUUGUUUUUAAAUGCUAGUCUAAUAAGAAAAAUAAAAUAAAACUCGCCAUAUUGCGAAAGAAAAGAACAAUCCCAGUGUUUUUAAUUGUAUCUGGUCAUGCUAUAAAGUGUAAACGCGCAGGACCAAUCAGAUUACACAAAAAAGAUGCUUUGAUGAUAUUUAAUCACGUCAUCUUCCAGGUACCUGAUUGGUUAAUUUGGAUUCCGCUAUAUCAACUGAAACAAAGUCGGAUAAACGUUUAGUGUUUACUUUUGAAGAGUUGAUAAUAAUCAUGUUCCCAAAAAUCAUUGAAUUAGUUGUAAAGUUUAAUUGAAUCUACCUCAACCAAAUUACCCAUUAACGUUGUUUGUAAGUGUUCUCUUGAGUCUUAUAAUUAUUACUAAUUAAUAACUGAAUAGUAGUGUUUUUGAUAAUAAAAUUAUUAUUAGUUCCAACUUGACCAUUUUGAUAUGGUAACUAUUGUUACCAAUCGUAUUGAAAGCGAACGGCGGAGUGUUACAUGGUGUUGUCAAGAUUGAAAAUGAUAUUAAAUUUGAGAAUAAACGCUA